AGUUAGUACGAGUAUAGCCAUUGACGAAGAAUCAGGUGCCCUGCCGCGUGUCCCAUUGCUGCGGUCGCUACAGUCUCCUACAAACAGUGAUUCUGCGUGAGUGGGUGUGACAGGUGUCGUGGACGUAUCACGUGCUAAUCGUGCCAACAGGAAGUGGGUGGUUGGAGAGGGUGGAUUUCAAAACACGAAGCAUUGAGUGAGAUUCGUUUGUGUGUGUGUGAGUGGGAAUACCUCAAUCUCAGCUAUUCUCAAACUUUCGUGUGGUGAGCUUUUGGAGCCUCUCCCCCCUUGAGGAUAAUAUCGAUUGACUUGUGCGGGAUUUAAAUUUUCCACUAACGGACUGCAGCACGUGCGGUGUGGCGUAAACCCUUUUAACCUACAUUGCCGGAGAUAUUGAUGGGCGAGUGAGGGAGGCGAAAUGUAAUACGAAUGGGCAAAGGAAAGACGAGGUAAACGAAUUGGCGUUGAGUGACAGCGAAAAGUGAGCCAGGAAGCCGCAACAGAGUCAAUCGGUCGAGCCACGCAUUAUGCCUGAAUCAUGGCCGGGAAACCAGCUCUGUACGCCGCCGGCGUAACUUGCCUGGGCUUCGUGUGCUUUGCCAUAGCGGCCACGGCCGUAGGUCUCCCCAUUUGGGGCUAUUUUGAUAACCCCAUUGGUGGCUGGGAAACUGAUCGCGGCUACUUUGGGCCAUGGCGGGUGUGCAAGCAAUUAACAUACGGACGGGAGAAAUGUGGCGUGGAAGUUUCCCGCUUCCGCCCAACGAGAGCCAUUUACAUUUGUGGCAUCGUCGCCUCACUCAGUUGCACAUUCCUUGGGCUCUUUUGCAUUUUCAGCAUCAUCCAGAUAGCCAUGAUUUCAUCACGCGAGAAAGUCGUUAUGAAAUAUAGUGUUUUAGUAGUUUUUAAACUCAUCUUCUCAAUUCUGGCAGCCAUCCUGGCCAUUGUAGCUGCAGCUCUCUUCGCAAUAGAAACCGAUGAGAGGCAAUUUAGGACUGGCUUUAUGAUAACACGAGGUGUCUCGUUUUACUUACAAAUUCUCACAAUCAUCCUCACAUUGGGCCUUAUGGGGAUGGCAAUUUACGAUGUGCUGCUAUCUAGACGAACAGGUGGUGAUCCCACAUUCAUGGAACACCCAAUGCCCGGUAGUGGGACCACAUUCAAUAACCCCGGCUUCCGGGAGGGCCGACGAACUGGCGGCAUCUCAAUGACGGACGCCUCAGGGAAGCCAUACGGGACGGGAUCUCAGGGAAGUGCCACAAAUGGGAGCAUGCAAUCGAUGAAUACAACACUAACGAGCAUGUCCAAUGGCUCCACCGUGGACUCUGUGACACGCUCACCCCUACGGAGUAGUCUCAAAAAGCCCAAGCCCAAGGAUGGGCUGGGCAUUCAGAAUCCCGGCUUCUCGGGCUCAGGGCAAUCGCCCACAAUGGGACGCAAUGGGAGUAUGAAGAAGGUGCGCAUCCAAACGCACAGUACCGAAGUUUAGGCAGCACGAUCUACGUGCGUUUUGGGUCGUCUUGCGUGUCUUCCAAAGGAACAAAGAAAAAGAAAAGAUUGAAAAGGGAACUUUGCAGUGUGCUGGAUCUUCAGCAGAAGACACAUCCCCUUGGGCCACCCUGUACAUAUGGAAAAAAAUCCCAACUCAUCUCGAAAAAAUGGAAGAAUGAUAUUUUAGUCGAUUUUUUAGAUGGUACUUUAUCAUCUCUACAAUACUUAUAUUAGAAUCUCUCCCGUCCUGCAACACGAGGUGUAAUUAUUUUUUAAGUUUUAGACAACACACAACAAAGUCUCUAUUACCUCCUUUUUAAGGGACACAAAACCACCCCCUCCAAAUGUAUCCCAUGAAUCUCUUUAAUUCCGUCCUUUCAGUAGAACUGACACCCUGUACUUUAAUUUCCUCUAUUCUAUUGAAAACUCCCCUCAUUUUCAUCACAAUUUCACAAAAUAUAUCUCUGUGAAUUUUUUUCUUUGUAUUUGUUGCGUUUAGUAUGAGGAAAAGUGGAAAAUUUGUACGAUAUAUAACUGAUGAAAAUUCUACAAAGAGAAAAAUGACAUGAAAUGGUUUGAAGUCUGUGAUUUCAUUAUGAAUGAAUGAUAGAGAGUGAAAAAGCAAAUAUAUGCGAUAAAUUCUGUACUAUGUUAUUUCCAUGUCUUCAUCUGUAUUCAAAGAAGAGAACAUUAAAUAAGUGAAAAAUUUUAAUGAGGAAAA